AUGCAUACCUCAUCGCUCCUCUCUUUGGCUCUCGCCCUCACCUCAAACGCAUUCCCUCUCACUCGACCUACGUUCAAUACUACCGUCCAGCGCAGAAGCGCAGACUACGAUGUCGUCAACGUUGGAGACCUCCCAGAAGCUCCCCAACCUGCUGUCCCAGCUGCGUCUACCAUCAUCGAAACCGUCACUGCCCCAGGUGCUCCUCCGCAAACCGUGACAGUGACCAUCUCUCAAACACCUACUCCUUCGCCUUCCUCAGCACUAUGGGGCUCCAGCACCGGCAUUCCCUACAGCAGCUCGGCUAUCCUCCCCGCAGUGACUCCAGUCCCGGGAGAAGAGGUUCAACAGGUCCAAGACGAAGAAGAAGCGACAGCCACGGGAGCCAUUGACAGACUCGCUCGCGCCUUCGGGAGGUCUAUUGACGCUCAUUUCCGUGCUCGCAGCAGCAACUUGACGACUCGGGGUAUCAACGCUCCUAGCAAUGCGACCACGGCUUAUUCUCAGCUUGCUGCUCGUGGUAUCAACGGGACUGAACGUGCUCACUUCCCUCGUGGUCUGCUCAAUUCCACUGAUCCCAGAACCGUGGGCCUCAAGGCUAGGGGUCUGAACGGCACUUCUUUGAGGGUAUAA